AUGAUCGAUGGAACCCAGAACACGCUGAUUCAGGAAGACUCGAUCCCCUUCCCAGAGACAGACGAAGAGAACCCACACGGAAAUGCAUGGAAGCUCGUCCGAAAAGCCUUCGAGAAAUCCACUUUCGCCGACGCCGCACCGCACAAAAACCGCAUCUUCAAGAUUGUCAACGAAUCCAAACCAAACCGCAUCUCUGGUAACCCGGUCGGCUUCAAAUUCGCCCCCUUACCCUCCCAGUUAAUCCUAGCAGGUAAGAACUCGGUGGUCUGCAGACGUGCCCGCUACGCCGAACACCACGUCUGGGUCACCCGCUACCGCGACGGAGACCUCUGGGCCGGUGGGAAAUGGACAAAUCAGUUUCUGUCCAAGAUGGAUGGGGUGUCAGAAUACGCACGCCGCAAUGAAGAUGUCCGCAAUCAGGAUAUCGUCGUCUGGAACGUGUUUGGUAUCACACAUAACCCCCGCGUGGAGGAGUUCCCAGUCAUGCCGGUGGAGGUUAUGACGGUGUCGCUUAAGCCGGCGGAUUUCUUUGAAUUGAAUCCGGCUUUGGAUGUUCCGCAGAGUACGCAGGAGUUUAAUCGAAGUGUUCUUUUUGAGGAUGGUGCAAAUUGCUGUGCGGUGCAGGAGAAGUCUAAACUUUGA